UUGCUUACAAAUUCUAAAAAAAAAAAUAGUAUAACUAAACUAACCGAAUCCAACGAAAUUCCAAAUUCUUUCAAACAGUUGUAGUAAAAUUUUCCAUAAAAAUGUCUUUGGAACCAAUUGAAAAUUUGGAGAAUACUUUCACCGACACCUCAGUCAUGGUUCGUGAUUUGGUGGAAGAGUCUCUCAAGGAUAUGAAGAACGAGAAUAUCAAGAAUAGUACCGAAACUGAACUAAAUCUCGAGUUACGCAGGAAUAUUGUCCAAGGUGUGCAUCAGCGUCUGGAGGAGGAGAAGCAACAUCUUUUGAGGUUGCUGAAUGAGGUUCUCGAAAUCAAAGAUCAAUUGAGUGCCUUUCAAAUGCGCAAAGAGAAAAUGUUUGAGGAUCUCAAAUUCAUAAAAAUGCUAAUGCUGGAGGCUAACAAUCGAUUGAAGGAUUUGAAGAAGAAUGAUUCCGAUUUGAAGAAGAACGAGGCUUAUUCUUUUCCAUAAAAACCAUGGUAAAUUCUCCAAUGAAAUGGCAGUGCCCGGCUUUAUGUGGAUUCUGUUUGUGCUACUUACAAACUAAACUGAAUGCUGCUAAAUCUAAAAAAAAUAUUCUUUAAAAACCGUAAUCCUUAAAAAAGGAUAAAAAAUUGAUAAACAACAACAAGAAUCAAUAAAAC